AUGGCGGAUCAGGAGAAGAAGGGAGAUACGCUGGUGCAGCAGGCCGAUAAGAAGCUUAAGGGAUGGGCCUUUUUUGGCGGGAAAUACGACGAGGCUGCAGAGCUAUUGGAGAAAGCCGCGACAUCGUACAAGGUCGCUAAAGCGUGGGACAAAGCGGCGGAUGUAUACUGCCGUCUAUCAGAAAUUCAGCUCAAGCACCUGGACAGCUCGCACGAGGCGGCGUCCGCGCUCAUCGAGGCCAGUAACGCGCUCAAGAAGACCAGACCCGCCGCGGCGAAGGAGCGGCUGAAGGAGGCCAUAGACCUGUUCAUUGACAACGGCAGGCUCAGCAUGGCAGCACGCCACUGCAAGGACCUGGCGGAGAUGUACGAGAAGGAGGAGGACGCGGCGAACGCAGUGAUCUGGUUUGGGCGUGCGGCUGACUUCUAUCAGACGGAGAACGCCAACACGAGCGUGAACCAGAUGAAGCUCAAGGUCGCCGAGUACUCUGCCCUCAAUGCUGACUACGCAGCAGCGAUAGAGAUCUACGAGCAGGUGGCGCGGGACUCACUGAGCAGCAACCUGCUCAAGUACAGCGUGAAGAACUACCUCCUCAACGCCGGCAUCUGCCAGCUCUGCCGCGCCGACACCGUUGCUGUCAACAACGCCCUCGACAAGUACCAGGAGAUGGACCCGACUUUUUCCGACACAAGGGAGUUUAAACUGCUAUCAAGCCUAGCACAGGCAGCGGAGGAAGGGGAUGCAGAGGCGUUCACAGAUGCUAUCAAGGAGUUUGACAACAUUACGCGCCUCGACUCCUGGAAGACAACACUGCUACUGCGAGCGAAGAAUUCACCCAAAAAGAUCCGGUUCCCUUCCCAGAUAUGGUUGGGUGAGUGCUCUCCAACUUAUCAUGACGUGGCAGGUGAAAGUUCCUUCUGGCAUGGCAGGGCAGGGCACCACCUAACCGAAGCGGGCCGAAAAGUGCCCUGCCCCGCAGCAGCACAGCACACCACCGCGUCAGACAACGAGCUGACUGACCAGGCAAGGGACACGCGGCACGUUGCGCAAGCAAGGAAGAAUUCUUCCCGCGCCAACUUUCUCUCCCUCCCCCAACCCCCACCCACCGAACCCCGCAUCAUCCCCCAAGCCCCCAUGUUUCUCCGCCUCCCUUUCACGCGCUUCACCCCGUUUCUCCUGAGCAUCCGCCCCAUCUCCGCGUUCUUUCCGCUCAUCACAUCUCGGAGCGAGAGGCAGGGCUUUUCCCUCCGCGGAAUCAUCAGCUCCGCGCGACCGCGCGCCAGCCCGCCAGCCACCACGGCGUCUUCCGCGCUCUCCGCGGCAGCAGCAGGGGCCCGCGUGGCCUCUGCUGCCCCUUCUGCGACUUUCAGGCAUACUUUGCGCGAUGGAGCUACAAGUGUCACCUGCGCGAAUGCGAGUGUUAGUGCGAGCUUUACAAGUUCGACGCUUUCGGCGAGUUCGACGAGAUUGCUGCAUCGAGGGGAGUUCUUGAACGGGCGACGACUGGCCAUGGCGAGCGCAGCUGUUGUUCCGACGGGAGGCGCGCAGGAGGAGGCAGGCUUAGGGAAAGCAGCAGAGACAACACACGUUGUUCCAGUGCAAGCAACGGCGAUCCAUGACACCCACAAGAUCCACGUGGCAUCGCCGGACGACGCGGCGCAUCGCCCGGCGGUGCCCGUGCGGUCGCACGACAUGCUCGCGCCGUUCACCGCGGCGCACCAGUUCACCGACGCGCACCCGCUCGUUAUAGUCAAGUCCGAGGGCGUGUACAUCUGGGACAGCGACGGGCGGCGGUAUUUGGACGGACUCGCGGGGCUGUGGAGCACGGCGCUGGGCGGCAACGAGCAGCGGCUGAUCGACGCGGCGGACGCGCAGAUGAAGAAGCUUCCGUUCUACCACUCCUUCUGGAAUCGCGCCACGGAGCCCGCCAUGGAGCUCGCUAAGGAGCUGACGGGCAUGUUCACAGCGGAGCGCAUGGGGCAGGUGUUCUUCACCAACAGCGGCUCCGAUGCUAAUGACACCCAGGUGAAGCUAGUGUGGUACUACAACAACGCGUUGGGGCGGCCGAACAAGAAGAAGUUCAUUGCGCGCGACAAGGCGUACCACGGCUCCACCCUCGUCUCCGCCAGCCUCACGGGGCUCUCCCCGCUGCACAAGAGCUUCGACCUGCCAGUGGACUUUGUACUCCAUACAGACUGCCCCCACUACUGGCGCUACGGCCGCCCAGGAGAAACCGAGCAGGAGUACAGCACUCGCCUGGCCGAGAGCCUAGAAGCUCUCAUAGAGCGCGAGGGCGCUGAUACCAUCGCAGCCUUUAUCGCCGAGCCAGUCAUGGGCGCAGGGGGCGUCAUCCCCCCGCCCGCAGGGUACUUUGAGAAAGUCCAGGCGAUUCUGCGCAAGCACGAUAUCCUCUUUAUAGUCGACGAGGUGGUGUGCGGGUUCGGGCGCCUGGGGACCAUGUUCGGCAGCGACCUCUACGACUUAAAGCCCGACCUCGUGACUCUCGCCAAGGCGCUUUCGUCUGCGUACAUGCCGAUCGGCGCGGUGAUGAUCAGUCAGAGGAUUGCGCACGAGGUGGCGGCGCAUAGCAACAAGAUGGGGAGCUUUGCGCACGGGUUCACUUACUCGGGCCACCCUGUGGCGUGUGCUGUGGCGCUGGAGGCCGUGAGGAUCUACCAGGAGAUGGAUGUGGCGUCGGUUGUUCAGGCUGCUGAGCCGCUCUUCCAGGGAGGCAUAAGGCACAUCUGCCGCAACAGCCCCAUAGUGGGGGAGGUGCGAGGGCAGGGCCUCAUACUCGCUAUAGAGCUCGCAGACCCCAUCACCAAGGAGUCCUUCCCAUCGUCGUGGGCCGUGGGGCCCUUCUUUGGGCAGUGUGCGGCAGCGCACGGAUUGAUUGUGCGCACCAUUGGCGAUGUCAUUGCCAUGUCGCCCGCUCUCGUCAUUACUCCCGGGGAGAUUCAGGAGCUCCUGUCUGUCAUCCGCCUUGCACUCAAGGAGACAGAGGCCUACGUGCAAUCCAAACUGGACAUGGACUGA